AGAAUACAGAGUUUCUUUGGGGACACCUCUUUGUUGGAUUUUAUCUGUGUCCUGCUAACUGCUACUUUCAGCUAUGGAAUCGACUGUUGAUGAUGAAGCAAUGGCAGCAUAAAUGAAGGCCAAGUAAGGAAGGCAGAACGAUGCCCAAGGGUGGGUGUUCUAAAACACCACAAUCGGAAGAUUUCUCUCUCAGCAACGACAUGGUGGAGAAACAAACUGGGAAAAAGGAUAAAGAUAAGGUUUCUCUAACCAAGACUCCAAAAUUGGAGCGGAGUGAUGGCGGCAAAGAAGUGAAGGAGAGAGCAACAAAACGGAAGCUGCCUUUCACUGUUGGAACAAAUGGAGAUCAGAAAGAUUCAGAUACAGAAAAGCAGGGUCCAGAGCGGAAGAGGAUUAAAAAAGAGCCUGCCACUCGGAAGCCAAGUCUGCUCUUUGGGAUGGGGCUUUCAGGAAUCCGUGCCGGUUAUCCACUCUCUGAACGCCAGCAGGUUGCUCUUCUCAUGCAGAUGACAGCAGAAGAGUCUGCAAACAGUCCAGCAGUAGAUACAACACCAAAGCAUCCCUCUCAGUCCACAGUUUGUCAGAAGGGAACUCCUAAUUCUGCCUCCAAAACCAAAGAUAAAGUAAACAAGAGAAAUGAGCGUGGAGAGACUCGGCUGCACCGAGCAGCCAUUCGGGGAGAUGCCCGGCGCAUCAAGGAACUCAUUAUUGAGGGUGCCGAUGUCAAUGUGAAGGACUUUGCAGGCUGGACGGCUUUGCACGAGGCAUGCAAUCGUGGGUACUAUGAUGUUGCGAAACAGCUGCUUGCUGCAGGUGCUGAGGUCAACACCAAGGGCUUGGAUGAUGACACUCCCCUGCAUGAUGCAGCCAGCAAUGGGCACUACAAGGUUGUCAAACUGUUGCUACAUUAUGGAGGAAAUCCUCACCAGCUCAACAGGAGGGGGGAGACCCCAUUAAAAGUUGCAAACUCCCCCACAAUGGUGAACCUGCUUCUAGGGAAGGCCACAUAUCCUUCCAGUGAAGAGAGCUCCACAGAGAGCUCAGAAGAGGAAGAUGCUCCUUCGUUUGCACCAUCCAGUUCCAUUGAUGGCAAUAACACAGACUCUGAGUUUGAGAAAGGCCUGAAACACAAGGCCAAGCAUCAGGAGCCCCCAAAAGCCAUCACCCCGGUGAAAGAUGAAUAUGAGUUCGAUGAGGACGACGAACAGGAUAGGGUCCCGCCGGUUGACGAUAAACAUCUGCUGAAGAAAGAUUACCGGAAAGAGACAAAAGCAAAUAGUUUUAUUUCCAUCCCUAAGAUGGAAGUGAAAACCUAUACAAAAAGCAGCAGCACAAUCACACCAAAGAAAGCGGCCCAUCGCAUCCUCUCGGACACAUCUGACGAAGAGGAGAGUGGCGUUGCUGUUGGAACUGGAGAAAAGCUGAGGCUGACAACCCAUUCCAUCCCACCCAGCAGCAAAACUCGGGAACCAGCCAGCGCCAAGCAACAGAAGGAGAAAAACAAAGUGAAGAAAAAGCGUAAGAAGGAGACCAAGGGCAAAGAAGUUCGGUUUGGCAAAAAAAAUGACAAGUUUUGUUCCUCUGAAUCAGAGAGCGAAAACCUGGAGAGCGAGGAGGACGACAGAGACUCUGUACGAAGUGCUACCUGUGUAAAGGACUCCAGAAUUGUGUUAAAAGAGCCAUCUUUGUUUAAUUCCCUUUCUGCCUCCUCUGCCUCUUCCCAUGGAAGUUUGGGGUCACAGAAGCAUAACCUCACCCUUACGGAACAGCACUCCAAGCACUGGAGGACAGACAACUGGAAGACGGUCUCCUCACCAGCUUGGUCAGAUGUCAGUUCCUUGUCGGAUUCGACGAGGACACGGUUGACCAGUGAGUCAGAUUACACGUCUGAAGAUUCGAGCCUGGAGUCUCUAAAGCCCCUGCGCAAAAAGCAGGAGCCCAAGAAGCGAGCCCAGCAUGGGGCUGCUGUGGUGGUGAUGGAGAAGAAGAAUUCAUUCCAUGCGAAUGUCGAUGGAGCUAUUCCAAAGCUGGACAAGGAGGGGAAGGUUGUAAAGAAACAUAAAACAAAACACAAACACAAAAAUAAAGAGAGGGGCCAGUGUCCUGCCACCCAAGACAUUAAAAUCAUCAAAGCCUUUUCUUUUGACUAUGAGGACUCUAAGCAGAAGGCUGAAAAGGCUUUGAUUGUAGAGACCGAAAGCCCUGUCGAGAACAAGCUCAAAGCGCUAAAGCAUGAGAGGGAGCACUUCAAGAAGGAAGACAAAUUUCUGAAAACGAAAUCUGAGGAGAAGGAGUGGUUGUUCAAAGAGGAAGCCGGGAAAACCUCCAGAGAUGAGAAAUCCUUGAAAAAGGCCAAGGAAGCGAGUAAAGAUGCUAAUAAAUCUUUCAGAGAAGAAAAGACCAACAGAUCAGAGAAAGAGAAGCCCAUAAAGGAGAAAUCUCCUAAAGAGGAGAAGCCUCGGAUACACAAGGAGGAACGGAAGAAAAAAUCCAAGGACAAGCAGUUUAAAGCUGAAAAGAAAAAUGAGCCAAAGGAGGAAAAACCAGCAAAACCAGAGAAGGAAAGAACUUUGAAAGAGGAGAAGGAGAAAUGUAAAAAAGACAAAGGUUACAGAGAGGAAUCCAGCUUUGAAGAGUUUAGUAAUAAAAACCAGUUUUUGGAAAACGAGGACACAAAGUUCAGCCUGUCAGAUGAUCAGCAGGACCGGUGGCUUUCAGAUUUGUCAUCUGAUUCUUCUUUUGAUUUCAAAGGUGAGGAUAGCUGGGAUUCCCCAGUGACAGACUACAGGGAAAUAAAAAACGACACCGUAGCAAAACUCAUCAUUGAAACAGUGAAAGAGGAGACAAAAGACAAGAAGCGAGAGAGUAAAGCUAAAGACAAGAGAGAAUACAGUGAGAAGCGCGCCGAAAAAGACACUUUUCUUAAAAAGAAAGAUCGUGAAUACAUUGAGCGGAACACUGACAAGAAAAAGGACCAAACCGAAAAACAUAAAGGUGUUCCCGGUUAUCUGCCCGAAAAGAAAAGGAAGGACUCUGCUGAAAACUUUAAAGAGAAAAAGGAGAAGGAUUGCAUGGAAAUAAGCAGAGAGAGGAGAGAACUGUCUGAUAGUUCUAAAGAAAGGAAAGACAUUAAAAUCAAACAAGAGGAGUCCUACAGGGAUGAAUUCAAAGACUAUGGCUGUGAAGCAUUCUUCAAAGAAAAAACAGAUCCUGAAUUUGGUGGGAAAAACAUGGAGAUCUGGGAAAGGCAUCACUCAGGAAAGGAGAAGAAGGACCUGCCGGAAAAGGAUAAAAAAGAAAAGCUGAAAGCUGAAAAGUACAAAGAAAAAUCCAAAGUGGAGGACAAAGAGAGAAACGAGAAAUCUCUGCUGGAAAAGAACCAGAAGGACAAAGAAUUGGAUAAAAGCUUUAAAGAUAAGAAAGAUACGAAGGAGAAAUACAAAGAUUCUCACAGCAAAGAGAAAGAAAGGAAAUCUUCCUUAGACCAAGGUAAAGAAAAGAAAGAAAAGAACUUUUCUGGUGAUAAAGAAGACUUCCAUGAGAGGAGGGAUGAGAAAAAGGGGCGCGAGAGAACCUGGUACAACAUCUUAGACAUCUUCACUGAUGAAAGUGAGGAAGAAAAGGAUGACUGCAGCCUGAGUGGAUUCAAAUUUGGAGAGGGCAUUGGGAGUGAAAUGCAUCGGACGGACAGCCUGCAGGAUAAAGACGACACCAUAGUAGCUGAAAGAGACCUUUAUGUUCCUGAGAAACACAGGAAAUAUUCCUCCGAGAGGCAGCAUUCUGCUGAGAAGCAGAAAGACAAAGAAUCGAGAGAGAAGAAAAAGGACAAAGGACCAGCUGAGGGCGGGAAGGAGAAGAAAGAAAAAACCUCCUUUGAGAAACACAAAGAGAAGAAGGACAAAGAGUCGGUUGAGAAGUACAAAGAGAGGAAAGAGAGGACCUCGGUAGAUUCUGGACAGGAAAGGAAAUCUAAGCAGAAGCUGCCUGAGAAGAUGGAGAAGAAACAUGUUGGAGAAGAGAAGGUUAAAAGCAGGCACAAAGAAAAGCUGGAUAAGGAGUACGCCAAAGACAAGCGACCUUCAAAAAGUGGAGAAGGGGAGAAGAGUAUGCUGGAGAAAUUGGAGGAAGAAGCCCUCAAUGAAUAUAGGGAUGACUCUAAUGAUAAAAUCAGUGAGAUUUCUUCUGACAGUUUCACAGACCGGGGGCAAGACCCAGUGCUGACCAAUCUCUUUGACUCUUCCCACCUGUCUCUUGCAGAUGCUUCUGAAGAGAAGUCGAAGGAGGCCUUGCCUUUGCCUGGCUUGCCAGAUAAGCUGAAGGAGAAGGAGAGGCACCGACAUUCUUCGUCGUCCUCAAAGAAGAGCCAUGAAAAAGAAAAGGCCAAGAAAGAGAAAGCAGAGAAGAAAGAUAAAACAGACGAAUUUAAGGACUCCAUCAGCCGGAAGGAUUCCACUCAAUACGAAAAGGAGUAUGCAAUGGACGGAGAAGGCUUUGGCGUUUCCUAUGGUACAAAAACAGAGGCUGAAGAGGAACUAGACAAAAACACAGAGUACUCGUUUUCUGAAAAGAAGGACAAAAACGAGUCGGAAAGAGAGGCUCCAAAGAAGAUGGACAAGGAGAGGUCGUACAGCUCCAGCACAGCCAGCACCACCAAAGAGAAGAAAAAGAGAGACAGGCACAAAGAGAAAUGGAAAGAAGAGAGAGAGAAGCACAGAGAGAAACACACAGAUGGCUUAUUCAGACAUCACAAGGAUGAGCAGAAGACCAUCAAAGACAAGGACGGCUCUCAAGCAGUCACACUCAAAGACAAAUCUAAGGAAGAGCCGCCCAAAUUUAAUGACCUAAAAGUCAAGGAGCGACUGAAGGAGAACCAAGAAAAGGAGAAAGCAGAGUCUCUCAAGAUGAGCAACGGGAAUGACAGAAUCCCUUUAUCCAAAGAGAGCGCCAAGAAAGAAAGGCCCAGGGAAAAGCUUUUGGGCGAUGGAGACCUAAUGAUGACCAGUUUUGAGAGGAUGUUGAGCCAAAAAGAUCUGGAGAUAGAAGAGCGCCACAAGAGGCACAAGGAGAGAAUGAAACAAAUGGAGAAGAUGAGGCAUAGGUCUGGAGAUCCCAAAUUAAAAGACAAACUCAAGGCCAGUGAGGACAUGCGCAAGAGGAGCCUGGAUAUGACUACAAAGAAACCUUUAGCACUUGAUACCCAGUUAAAGGACAAAAAAAUCAAAGAUCUAGGCCCACUGGCUCCUAUAGUGUCCCCUGAUAACAAGACCCAGCCUGCUGUUGGGGUGGAUUCCAAGGACUGGAUAGCUGGGCCCCAGCUGAAGGAAAUUUUGCCUGCUUCUCCAAGGCCAGAUCAGAGCAGGCCAACGGGGGUGCCCACACCAGCCUCUGUUGUUUCUUGCCCAAGCUAUGAGGAAGUGAUGCAGACUCCAAGGACCCCCUCUUGCAGCAACGAAGAUUACACCGACCUGAUGUUUGACUGUGCGGACUCUCAGCACUCGCUGCCCAUCUCCACCAUGUCCAUGAAUGCUUGUUCUCCAUCCUUUUUCGACAGGUAUUCCAACCCUUCAAGUGGAUUUCCUGAGAACCCAAGUCAGACCCCGACCAGGACCAUUCCCUCUACAAAUCUCCACCGUUCAAUGUCUGUGGAUAUCAGGAGAGCACCAGAGGAAGAGUUCAGUGUGGGAGACAAGUUAUUUCGCCAGCAAAGUGUCCCGGCCACAUCUAAUUAUGACUCUCCCGCCCAGCACUUGAUGGAGGAGAAGUUGCCUCUUCCUUCCAUUCCCAUAGAAAAGUUCCCGUGCUUGUCUCCUGAGUACUAUUCACCUGAAUAUGGAGUUCCAUCUCCUAAGGGGGAAGGGUUGCAUUGCCCGCCGGGCACAGCUGGCAACACGGCCCAGUCCCCUGAAAGUGUGUUUUCUGGACUGCAAGCCAAAUCUUCCCCUUCACACAGAGAUGAGCUGCUUGCCCCUUCCGUGGAAAGUGCUCUUCCGCCAGAUCUUGGCCUGCCUCUGGAGGCCACCGAAGAGCAACAGGCCACGGCUUCCAUUAUGCCCCCGGAGUCAAGCUUCCUGCCACCCAUUGAGGAGAAUGAGUUUGACUCUGGCGUUCCGGAACCAAACAGCGCUGCGUGGGAGAACACUCCGAAAAGAUAUCUGGAUCCUCUUGGGCCACCCAGUUUGGCAGACAGUCCUUCUGAGCACCCUGUUGGUUGGUCUGUGGGAUCAGAGCUGCUCAUUAAGUCUCCUCCACAGGGCCCCAGUUCACCAAAGACUUUCUGUUCCAUGGACGCCACACAUCCCACACCGGCACCCUUCAUUCCCACAGAGCCACUCUUCCCCAGCUCUCCUGUUCCCUACCCUGUCUCUGUGAUUGAGCCAGGGCUGAACAAGGCAAAGGAAGAUGCCGAAGGGCCAGGGCCAGGAGACAUUGGGGCUGCAGAUCGGCAGGCACCUUAUGCAGGUUCCCCAGCUACAUUAGACUCUUUCUUUAAUAGCAGCAAGUCUGUUCCAGAGGAAGCCUCUGACACGCCUGUCCAGAUGGCCAGCCUGCCUGCAGAAUCCCAGGUGGAGGCUGCUAACACGCUAGAAAAAGAAGAUUACUUGGAGAGCAGCACUGCGGCGCCUGGCAAUGCAGAGGAACCUGUUCCUUGGCCUGAUCCAUUCACCAACUCGGAAGAUGAUUUGGACCUGGGUCCUUUCUCCUUACCGGAGUUGCCACUUCAGACAAAAGACGUUCCAGAAAUGGAAGUGGCAGCAUCCGAGGCCACUGAAGGAGACCACGCAGCAGCUUCAGAAACCAUGGGUCCUACUCUUGUAGAGGCUGUGACCUCUUCAGGGUCCGCAAAUGAUCAAGAGGAGCUGACUCUCAACCCACAGAGCAUCCUGCCUGAGGAGCCAGAACCACGCUCCGAGGAGCAGAAGUCUGAGGAGAGUUCUGUAGGAAUUUCAUCGGAAACCUCAGGUGCUCCAGAGGAGAAGAGUGCAGAAGAACCAGAGACCCCCCAGAAUAUUCAGGAAGCAACAUCAGCAGAUGGUGCCCAAUUAGAGACCCAAGAGGUGGCCGCCAGUGGCGAGGAACAACUCCCUUCCGCUCCUCUUGCCUCUGACGGUGGUUCUGAACCCAGUUUAAGCCAAGCCAACAAGGCUGAGAGCAGUGAUGUUCAAGAUGUAUUGGCGGCUACUAGCCAGAUCCCUCCCUCUCAGGCUGAAGUGCCACAUGGGAAUACACAGUCAGAAGCCACAGAACCAGCUCCCAAACCAGUACCUGAAACCCCCAAGCCCCCCAAAAUAGAAGAGAUUCCACAGCGGAUCACCAGGAACCGAGCCCAGAUGCUUGCCAAUCAAAGCAAGCAGAAUGCAGCGGCGGCAGCGGCGGCAGCAGCGGCGGCAGAGAAGAAGUAUGCCCCUGCCCCUGCCCCCGCCCCCACCACACGGGCAAAGGGACGUGUCUCAGAGGAAGAGGACGCCCAGGCACAGCACCCGCGGAAGCGCAGGUUUCAGCGCUCUAAUCAGCAGCUACAGCAGCAGAUCAACACCUCCACCCAGCAGACGCGGGAGAUGAUCCAGCAGACUCUGGCUGCCAUUGUGGACACCAUUAAGCUGGACGAUAUUGAGCCGUACCACAGCGACCGGUCCAAUCCUUAUUUUGAGUACCUGCAGAUUAGGAAGAAAAUUGAGGAGAAGCGGAAAAUCCUCUGCUACAUCACUCCCCAGGCCCCCCAGUGUUACGCCGAGUACGUCACCUACACGGGCUCAUACCUGCUGGAUGGCAAACCUUUAAGCAAGCUGCACAUUCCAGUGAUCGCACCCCCUCCAUCCCUGGCAGAGCCACUCAAGGAGCUGUUCAAGCAGCAGGAAGGCGUCCGCGGCAAGUUGCGACUCCAGCACAGUAUUGAGCGGGAGAAGCUGAUUGUGUCCUGUGAGCAAGAGAUUUUGAGGGUUCAUUGUCGGGCCGCAAGGACGAUAGCAAACCAGGCGGUGCCCUUCAGUGCUUGCACCAUGCUUCUGGACUCGGAGGUGUACAACAUGCCUCUGGAAAAUCAGGGAGAUGAAAACAAAUCUGUCAGAGACCGUUUCAACGCCCGCCAGUUCAUUUCCUGGUUGCAGGAUGUGGAUGACAAAUACGACCGGAUGAAGACAUGCCUCCUGAUGCGGCAGCAACACGAAGCGGCAGCCUUGAACGCAGUGCAGCGCAUGGAGUGGCAGCUGAAGGUGCAGGAACUGGACCCCGCUGGGCACAAAUCCCUCUGUGUGAACGAGGUGCCCUCCUUCUACGUGCCAAUGGUAGAUGUGAACGAUGACUUUGUGCUCUUGCCAGCAUGACAGUACCAGGCCUGGAGACAUUCUCGCUGCAAACUGGCAUGGGUGGGUGCCCAUCCCACCCACCCCCCAAGAAUGGGUGCAGGUGCUCACACACACGCCCCUUCACCCCAACCGCUUGCUGAUGAAUCCCUCGUCAGAUGAGGAGGAAGCAGAAAAAAAAAUCAAUGACAACCAACGAACAGCACUUUCUUCACAACUGUCUCCCUGCGCACAGCUGGCGGAAGCAG